AUGGCCCAAUACACAAACCACCCUCGUCACACCAGCUUCGCUGAAGCUCUCCCAGGUAUCCUUGAGAUGCAGUAUCAGCCAAUAUUCCAGCCGGUCGAGCAUGAUCCGAACAUGCGAUCGUUCCUCUUGGAAGCACAGGCUCAGGCUCAGGCACAGCCGCAAAUUUAUGGAUUUCCUCCACCAACCGGAAGUUCCAUGGACUCUGGAUACGCUGGCGACGACGCCAACCCGUUUGAGAACGGCAGCCUAUGUGCGGACUUCAAGAUGGUCUAUGGCCAGCAAGUCAAUGCCGCAGUUCCGAGCUUCGACGCGUACAGCUUCGUGACCAACGAGCAGCAAGUCAAUGGUCCCGGCCAAGCCUUCAUGCCGGUCGAUUUCACAGCGACUUUAAGCCACAACUUCAAUCCGAUGAAGCAGGAUGCCACAAUCUCACAGAGUCCAAACACACCAACACUAGUGACCGACGACGCAAUCAGUGUCAAGAGUGAGGAUGGCUUUUCAGAUGCCGCGUCACCCAAGGAUACGACGCACCCAAGAAGCCAGCUCCCCAAGCGCCCUGAUACGAUCAGACGAACGGCAACGGAACCGUCGAUCGAGAACCGAGCGGGCAGCAUGCAGCGUACAGGGAUCAAGGAAGGUCGACGAGGCCGAAAGCGAAUCCCACACACGGCGGUGGAGCGUCGAUACCGCGAGAACCUCAACUCACACCUGGACAACUUACGAAAAGCGGUGCCGCACGUACAAGCAGCUCAACGCCGCCGAGCGAGCGACAUCAAUGACCCGAUGAAGCCAAGCAAGUGUGAGGUACUGUUAGGGGCGUUGGAGUACAUCCACCAGUUAAGGAAAGAAAACGAGGAAUUGAAGCGAAGGUUGGGUGAAUGA